UGGUCAUGUAGACUAAACCCCUCCCCUUUGUGCUUUUGUGUCACGCCCAAGCAUGGCAACCUCACGUAUGACCGAUAAUUCUCUCCCUAACGUAGGGAUUAUCGGUACUCCAGAUCAGAUCACCACUAUAAUUCCUAUACUGACUUCCCAAGGCUUUUGUGUUAAGGCAAUAUGGACGCAGUAUCCGGCAGUUACGAAGAAGCUAGCCGAGAGAUUCUCUGUCCCACACAUCCCGCCCACUUUCAAGUCUCUUCUUCUUUUACAUGACGUCGAUUUGGUCUAUGUAGCUACCGAACCACGGCUACAGGCUGAAGUGACCGUUAAGGCUCUAACGUCAGGGAAGCACUGCGUGUCAAUGGAGCCACGGUCCGUGGCUGAAGUGGAAAAGAUGCUCUCCCUUGCCCGCUAUUACUCUCAACUGGACUCCAUUAUGGAGACUCACAUGAGAUUCAUACCCACUUUCACUAAACUAAAAGAACUUGUUAAUUCCAAGCACAUCGGGAAAAUCUUUACAAUUGACGUUAGACUGUCCAUGGGUUCUCUCAUCGGGUCCGAGCACUAUAGUUGGAAAUGCGACCCCUCGUUGGGGGGUGGAGCUCUUAAUCUUGUUGGGUCUCACUUCAUUGAUCUAAUCAGGUUCUUAUGUCCACUGGGAGAAAACCUCAUCAAACAAGUUAACUGCUUGUUGCACACGUUUGUCUGCAGUACCCAUUGUAUUCAUGGCUACCGAACGAUCGAAUCCGACGACUACGUAUCGCUCCAAAUGAAGCUCUCAAAGUCGGUCAUAGCCAGCGUUCUGAUAAACUGUAAUUGUGGAUCUGUCUAUGAUCUUGAGAUAUUAGUUAACGGUAAGGAAGGACGAGCCAUUGUCCGGGACUUUGACCUCUACUGGAUGGGGUCUGGCUUGUCCGAAGAAAAACUAAUUUUCAAGGAAAGAGACUCUCUGUCCGACGAGACCUCCUCUUUGGACGUUAAUCCUAAACUACGCCGAUCUGUUACCAGUGGGUACAAUGGGCUCUUUGCUGCCAUUAAAAAGCACUAUGCAGAGGGCAAGACCGAUCCAAGCCUUGCCAGCUUUGAUGAUGCGCACCACUUGAGGUCUGUGCUUGACAGUGCAAGACAGUCACACAAGUUAAGCCAGUGGGUUAAUAUACCAAAUACAUCAGGUGGAGCAUCCUCUGAGACUACCAAUCCAUUCUGGACCAAGAAAACAGAGUUAAAGUCUGACUCGGAAAAGACAUCAAUAGCAUAUGUUUAACAUCUCGGCCUCCCUCCAUUCUUUGGUUUUCAUAUUAUAUAACUCUUUUUCAUCACCUAUUAUAGCUCAAAGCAGUUCUAUCUUUAUAGUGCACCUUGAUUUAUAAAUUUAUAUGAUACUGUUAACUUAAUUAUUCAGAAUAAGAAUGAAAACCUAA